CACCAAGUGCAUGAUUAUCGAUACAUCUCUCUUACGUGUCAUCUUCUCAUUUGUCCUUCACCGGUCGUCGGGAUUCAUAGCAACACCACCACUCACUAAAACAAUAUCUGUCUUUUUCCUCUUCCUUCUCCUUCUCCUCCUCCUUCUCCUUCUUCUUCUCUCUGCUUUCACUCGUAAAGCGCAAUCGCUCCCUUUCCCCCCUCUCUGAUUUUCCUCCCUUCCCUUCUCUAAUUCCCCUCCUCACUUUCCCCAUUGCAUGUCCUUCCAUUUCCAUUUCUGAAUCUUCUCUGUUCUCCUCCCUUUCUGACUAACCCCAUUUCACUAGAGUCUCUCGGAAAUGAUUGAAGCCGUGGAGAGUUCUAUCAAUGGCGGUUUCUCCCAUUUGCAGAGCUGUGGUGACAGUAGCGAGGAAGAGCUCUCCGUGCUUCCUCGCCAUACCAAAGUCGUCGUUACUGGAAAUAAUCGUACCAAAUCCGUUCUCGUUGGACUCCAAGGCGUUGUUAAGAAAGCUGUUGGCCUUGGCGGGUGGCAUUGGCUGGUUCUAACAAAUGGUAUAGAGGUGAAACUACAGCGGAAUGCGCUUAGUGUGAUUGAGGCUCCGACGGGUAAUGAAGAAGACGACGAUCUCGAAUUUGAGAACUUGCAAUGGAAUGGAAUUGAUAUGGCAUCUGAUGACGCCCAAAAAUCCCACAAAUCAAGGCAUAAAUUACACAAAUCAUCUGGGUCAUCUCACAAGACUAUGAGCAGAUCACUUUCCUGUGACUCACAGUCGAAGAGCUCGGUUUCUGCACUGCAAGGAUCCACGGUUGACCUUAGUAAAUUGGAGAUGGCUGCAUUGUGGAGAUAUUGGCGACACUUCAAUCUGGUUGGUGCUAUUCCGAACCCGUCAAAAGAGCAAUUGGUAGAUCUAGUUCAGAGGCAUUUCAUGUCACAGCAACUGGAUGAGUUGCAGGUCAUAAUGGGUUUUGUGAAGGCUGCAAAGAGGCUGAAGACAGUGUGCAAAUGAGGAGUAGAGAAACUGGGGAAUCCAUUGAGUUGAUACUCAUGCUAACAGAUAAUUCAGCUGAACCAAAAAUGUUCCGAUUCUCUCUGUAACAUAUGUAUCAAUCGAUCGCAAAUGGUUUUUGUCUAUCGGAUCGGGAUUAGAAGGGGGUUAUUAGUGCGAUUCUAUUGUAGUAGUUAAUAGAGUAAUAUCUUGUUUUAGUGACGAUGUUACUUGUAAGUUGUAAUGUAGAUAUGUGUAAACUGCAAAUAUUAGAGACCUCCGAGAGAAAUGCCCCAAACGACUUGCUUUCUAGCCUUUGUUUAAUGUAAUGCUGACUAGCUGUUGGGGUU